AACACAGGCGGGUUGUAAUUUCUGUGAAAAAAGAUAAUCCAGCAUUUUGUCAAUAAGUAACUUGAUUUCAGCUGCUGCGUAGUAAUAUUUAACAUAUAAGCGGAUGUUUUACGAAAGGGCACUUGAGCAGAAUGAAUAGCAAGUUAUCUAUUUCGUUUCGUCCCUUAACUACGGAUGAUAUUGAUAUUGUUGCUGACUUUUUAGCAUUGCAUUAUGUCCCGAAUGAACCAAUGUCGCAGUGUCUUGCUUUCACCGAAGAAGAAACAUAUGCUUACGCUAAAGGAGAAGCAGAGGAAACCCUUCCCCACUGUCUGAGUACAGCAGCUGUCAUCAGUGGGACAAAUGAAAUAUGUGGUCUUUCAAUGUGCAAACGUUUUUCUGACUGUUCAUAUACAGAAGAUGCCGUGGCCAAUUCAAAGCAUAAAGCCGCCUUCCUUUUUCGAUUUGCUGAAUGGACGGAAUCCACUCUCACAAAAGAAUUCGGAACAUCUAACAUUUUCCUGGAUGAUCUGACAGUUGUUUCGCCAAAAUAUUCAAACCGUGGAUUAGCGACUGAGUUCAUACGACGCACAACUGAAAAAGCGGAGGGUCUCGGGUUCGAUGUCAUUAUUGCAUUUGCGCUAACAGAGAAAAUUAUAAAAGUAACUCGUCGGUGGGGUUGGAAGCUUUUAAAGAAGAUAGACCUACGCUCAUAUUGUGACAGUCUCACCAAUGAAGCCGUUUUUGCGCAGGCAAAAGUCAUAGACGGCUGUGUUCCUGUAGUAUACAAGGAUUUUCGAUCAGCAGUGAAUCGUGCAAGCCACAAACUUUAAUUAUGUGUAAAAUAUUUUGCGAAAUAUUAAUCCAAGUAUAACGUCAAGUCCAGAGUUAUUUAAAUUGUGUUUUAGUUUAAUUCACUCCCAGGGUCUAUACUGCGCAGAAGCGAGCAAUAAGCGAACGUGUAUUAUUGGGGUAAAAAGUCCCAUUAAGGCAAUAAAAGUGUAAAUUUGCAGCAAUCCAAUUACAUUGUGCUGGUGUUCUACAUUCAGUAACUUUUUUUGUUAUUUUAAAUUGUUUUGCAGGUUGCGCUAGCGAUAUAUGUAUAAAUGAAUGAAAGAAUGCAUUUUAUUUAUCUUUGCGUGGCGGAGCAACAAUAGUUGUUAUAACACCUAGGGUGGAGCCACUGCUUCACGCACCUCAUUCCCGCAUACGAGUUACCACAAAAAAAAAACUUUUUGGUGAUUAUUUUUGUAUUACAUCAUUUUUGUAACGAAUUUAUAGGUGACAGUUUAGACAAAUCCAAUGGGGUUUUAGACAACUUCAGUAAACACUGGGUUGGCGCAAUUGUCGUUUAGUGUCUUGUCCAAAGACGCGCCCACAAUGGUAGCAGCAUCGAGCUUCGAAUACAAUAACUCUGGGUUAGAGGCAAUUCAAAUUAACGCCACCAAUUUCAUUCCCUAAAACAGCCUGUCGGCAAUGGUAAAAUAGAAGCUUAUGCCGGUGGAGGAUGUCAAUAAGCAAGAAACUAAUUUGUGCACAGAAAUAUUGGAAGUACAACAAACAAUAACAGAAUGUAACACGCUCGUAUAUAGACU